AUGUCCUCAUCCCGCGUCUGGCUAGUUACCGGCUCCUCAUCUGGCUUUGGCCAAGCCAUGGUCGAGUUCGCCCUGAAGAAAGGCGACAAGGCCGUCGCGACGCUGCGCAAACCCGAAGAACUUGCGGACCUGCAAGCCCAAUACGGUCCAACUCAGCUCCUCAUCCUCAAACUGGACGUCACACAGCCGAAGGAGAUCAUCUCGGUAUUCGCGCAGGCGAAAAACGCCUUCGGACGCAUCGACGUCGUGUUCAACAACGCCGGCUUCGCUGCCGCGGGCGAACUUGAGGGUACACCAGACGACAUCGCGCGCAAGCUGUUCGAAACAAACUUCUUCGGUGCAACAAACGUGACGAGGGAAGCGGUAAGGUUCUUCAGGGAGGAGAACGCGCCUGGCGCCGGGGGCAGGCUAAUUACAACCAGCUCGUUCGUUGGCAUUAAGCCCAUCGCUGUUGGGGGCUAUUACAGUGCCUCCAAGCACGCUCUCGAAGCUGCCACGCAGGCCAUUGCCGGGGAGAUCGAUCCUGAUUGGAACAUCAAGAUCACCCUGAUCGAACCUGGUCGUUUCCGGACAUCCACGGCGCAGAAGGGAACGGCAGCACCUCCGCUUCCCGCGUACUCGAAGCCCACAACGCCUGCAGCUCAAGUCUGGAAGUCUUUCGAAGCCGCUGGCGACCCAAACUUCAAGAUAGGCGAUGUGAAUAGGGCGGUCGCCAAAAUAUACGGAAUCUCCGAGCUGUCUCAGCCCCCUCUCAGGAUCAUCCUUGGAAUGGAUGCCAUCGGCUUCGUGAGAUCCCAGCUGGAGCUCCUGCAGAAGGACGUCGACGCGUCCGAAACUUGGUCUCAGAACCUGAGGGAGGAUUAAGCGGGUUGAUAACAGGAUAAUCACAAAAUAUCAUGCUGUAGCAGCUUUCACGAAAUAAUUCGGUGCAGAAGCAACAA